GGCGGCGGGCGGCGCGGAGGGCGGCUCGGGCCCCGGCGCCGCCAUGGGAGACUGCUCCGAGAUCAAGUCGCAGUUCCGCACCCGCGAGGGCUUCUACAAACUGCUCCCCGGGGACGGCACCUCUCGCAGGUCGGGGCCGGCUUCCUCCCAGACCCCGGCGCCGGCUCAGCCGCCGCAACCCCCGCCCGGCCCUGCCUCCGCCUCCGGCCCCGGCGCCGCAGGCCCCGCGCCGUCCCCACCGCCCGCAGGCCCCGGGCCUGGGCCCGGGCCCGCGCUGCCCGCCGUGCGCCUCAGCCUAGUGCGGCUCGGAGAGCCCGACGGCGCCGGAUCCGGAGAGCCGCCCGCCACGCCCGCGGGGAUCGGCGCGGGGGGAGACCGUGUCUGCUUCAACUUGGGCCGCGAGCUUUAUUUCUACCCCGGCUGCUGCCGCCGCGGGAGCCAACGGUCCAUUGACCUCAACAAGCCAAUUGACAAGCGGAUCUAUAAGGGCACCCAGCCCACCUGCCAUGACUUCAACCAGUUCACUGCUGCCACAGAGACCAUCUCCCUGCUGGUGGGGUUCUCGGCUGGCCAGGUGCAGUACCUGGAUCUCAUCAAGAAGGACACCAGCAAGCUAUUCAAUGAGGAGCGGCUGAUUGACAAGACCAAGGUGACCUACCUGAAGUGGCUGCCGGAGUCUGAGAGCCUCUUCCUAGCGUCGCACGCCAGCGGCCACCUGUACCUGUACAACGUCAGCCACCCGUGCGCCUCAGCCCCACCCCAAUAUAGCCUCCUGAAGCAGGGCGAGGGCUUUGCCGUCUACGCUGCCAAGAGCAAGGCGCCUCGCAACCCACUGGCCAAGUGGGCAGUGGGUGAGGGGCCGCUUAAUGAGUUUGCCUUCUCACCUGACGGCCGGCACCUGGCCUGCGUCAGCCAGGACGGCUGCCUGCGCGUCUUCCACUUCGACUCCAUGCUCCUGCGUGGGCUCAUGAAGAGCUACUUUGGGGGCCUGCUCUGUGUGUGCUGGAGCCCCGACGGGCGCUACGUGGUGACAGGUGGUGAAGACGACCUGGUCACUGUGUGGUCCUUCACCGAGGGCCGUGUGGUGGCCCGUGGCCACGGUCACAAGUCCUGGGUCAAUGCUGUGGCCUUCGACCCCUACACCACACGAGCUGAGGAGGCAUCAACAGCAGCCAGCGGUGAUGGGGACCGGAGCGGCGAGGAGGAGGAGGAGGAGCCAGAUUCUUCAGGCACAAGCUCGGGUGGGGGUGCCCCUCUUUCCCCACUGCCCAAGGCCAGCUCCAUCACUUACCGCUUUGGCUCAGCUGGCCAGGACACACAGUUCUGCCUGUGGGACCUCACUGAAGAUGUGCUUUACCCGCACCCGCCCCUGACCCGUACCCGUACCCUCCCUGGCACCCCCGGCACCACGCCACCAGCCACCAGCAGCUCACGGGGCAGCGAACCCGGCCCAGGCCUCCUGCCCCGCUCGCUGUCCCGCUCCAACAGCCUCCCGCAUCCAGCGGGUGGUGGCAAGGCAGGUGGUCCCAGUGCGGCAGCAGAGCCAGGCACCCCGUUCAGCAUUGGCCGUUUUGCCACACUCACGCUGCAGGAGCGGCGGGACCGGGGGGCUGAGAAGGAGCACAAGCGCUAUCACAGCCUGGGCAACAUCAGCCGUGGGGGUAGUGGGGGCAGUGGUGGCAGCGGGGACAAGCCCAGCGGCCCCACCACCCGCAGCCGGCUAGACCCAGCCAAGGUGCUGGGCACUGCACUGUGCCCACGUAUCCAUGAGGUGCCACUGCUGGAGCCGCUGGUGUGCAAGAAGAUCGCCCAGGAGCGCCUGACAGUACUCCUUUUCCUGGAGGACUGCAUUGUCACAGCCUGCCAGGAGGGCCUCAUCUGUACCUGGGCCCGGCCAGGCAAGGCGUUCACAGACGAGGAGACUGAGGCCCAGACAGGGGAAGGAAGUUGGCCCAGGUCACCCAGCAAGUCAGUGGUAGAGGUAGGACUGUCCCUUCCAGACUCUCGGGACCCCUCCCAAGUCAGAAGGGCACCCCAGCUUCCCCUUUUUCUCUGUACCUCUCCCAACCCUGCCCGCUCUGCUGAGGAUCACCCGAGGACUUUGUUGUCUAAAAGUACCGACGUCGGGCCAGGGAAGGUAGCCGAGAUGGCAUCUCCUCCCAGCCCGGCAACUCCCCCAGUGGCACAGUGGUGUGAGCCGUGGACUGCGGGCGGGGUCCCCACCCUGUGCCCCCAGUCUCCUCGCCGUAACCUCCCUGCUGACCUCACCGAUCAACGUAUUAACAAGACUAACCAUGACGGAUGGACUGCUUUGGUCCCCGCCCUGCACAAAAUCAGGGGGCAAACGGUCCCCCAGUCUGGCCCAGACAUUGGGGGAUACAGUAGCCCAUGUGGCCUCAGCCUUGCCCCCACCCACUGCCAAGUAUAAUGACCCCUUCCUCUGAGACAUCAGUGUUGUUACCCUCAUCCCUGUCCCCAGCAUGUGACUGGUCACUCCUAGGGAGAAGUCCCAGCCCUCUAGAGCCCCAGCUCUCUGUGCUGUGCCCCUCUGGCUUGGUGGGCAGGGGAGGGGGUGGCUGCCCCUUCUCUGGCCCCGCACCCUCCCCUUGCCUUGUCUGUCCUUUCCUAAGAGUGUUAAAUUAUGGAUGCCCCUUGGGGCCCUCCCUGUCCCCCAGGACCUCUUAUUUAUACUAAAGUUCCCGUUUUCAAA